AUGGAUCAACAACAGAACGACGGCGAGUCGGCACGGCUGCUCCAUGGACAGAACGCCUCCAGACACGUUCAGCUCUACACAGACCGUGUUCAGGAGCCCGUACAGGACUGGAACUUGGAGCAGGAGCAGGACGACAGCGAGUCGGCGCGUCUGUUCCACGACCACGGGCAGAACACGUACAGACACGUACAGAUCGACACAGACCGUAACCCAGAGGUUAUGACAUAUGGUACUGUGAGGGACAAAUGUCCCGAAGUUAUUCCUCAUGAUGAAAUAGAGACUUCCAAAGAAGAAGAGGGCUUCAGCUGUGCGAAGACAUCCAAAAGGCAGAUUCUGACCUUCCUCUGUGUCGCUUUUCUAAACUUCUCAGGCAUGGCCUGCUCCGCUAUAAUUACUCCGUUCUUCCCGGAUGAGGCUCUACGGAGAGGAGCCUCGCAGACUACUGUGGGAUUUGUGUUCGGAUGUUUUAGUGCAAUCCAGUUUCUAGGGGGGCUGGUCUUCGGCAAAUUUAUCACAAGAAUCGGGUCGAGAUUCAUGUUGAUCAGUGGGGUCUUUGUGGGUGGGAGCUGCUCUUUUUUGUUUGGACUUUUAGAAUAUAUGGAAGGAACGACGUUCAUCGCAUUUUGCUUUGCCAUCCGGAUUUUGGAGGCUCUGGGCGUCUCCGCACAUGGGACUGCCUCCACAACCAUCCUCACUCACGAGUUCCCUAACAAUGUGGCGAAGGUCAUGGGACUCCUGGAGAUCUUCAUGGGACUCGGCAUGAUGGCAGGUCCUCCCAUCGGGGGUGCCCUGUACAACCUAGGCGGGUUCAAGCUGCCGUUUUUCGCGGUUGGGGGUCUGAUGUUCAGCUGCUGUGCGGUGUUGGCUGUCCUGGUCCCCACACAAAUCGGUGAGAUAACCGUUGUAGGUUACGCUGAUAUCAACUAUCUUGAGCCAGUGAUUCAGCCAUACUUUGCAAAAGAGUUCAGUGUCACCCCUCCCCAAGUCGGUCUGUUCUUCCUGCUGCUGGCCUCAGUGUACGCCGUUUGUGCGCCAGUCUGGGGGUGGCUGGCCGACAAAAAGAACACCGUGAGGACCAUGAUGGCGUUAGGACUGCUGGUUCUGUCAGUCGGCGCGCUCCUGGUCGGACCGUCUCCCCUUCUCUCAGACAACCUCACCAUUCUGCCCAAAAAGCUGUGGGUUAACAUCCUUGGCAUUGUCGUCAUAGCGAUGUCCAUAGGCGCAGUGGUUACACCUAUCUUCAAUGUGAUGCUUUGGGGGGCCAGUGAUGCGGGAAUGGAGACUGACUUUGCUACUUACGGCCUGGUGUCCGGAGCGUUUAGUGCAUUUAUGGGCAUGGGGUCGUUUGUGGGACCGACAGUGAGCAGUGCGCUGGUAGAAAAGUUUGGGUUGCCCUGGGCCACAACAGCGUUCUCAGGGUUUAUCUUAUUUUCUAUGUUACUGUUGGUUGCUUUUACAAUCUGUGAAAACCUGUGCAGGAGACGUCGUGCUGGAUCAUCGACUAAGGAGGAAGCUCAAACGUAACUUAAAUAAACUCUGAAUAUUAAUUAUAUGGG